AUGAGACGGCAGGCUUUAGAGCUGAUCACGAGACUUCUCGUGGUCCAGCUGCUGUUGCCUUUGCCGGAUCAAGUGAACGCUGUGAAAAACAGAUUGAGAAAACAACGAUCCAAGCCGCAAGAGCAUCAAGUUCAGCAUUCUAGCAACGAUUAUGAAUAUGACUAUAACUAUAAUGAGAACUACGACGAAUACGAUGAAAAGAAUGAGACUACAACAAUAUCACCAUCACGUGCAAUACCACCAGAUAUUACGCAAUUUUCGGAGAGAUCCGAAAUAACAACAGAAGCUUUCUUGCGGCGAGAAACACCUACAGACUUACCAGCUCUUAUGACAACUCAAUUUUAUGAUCAUAGUAGAAAUUUAGAGGAGCCUAGUUCUACUUCUGCUCGGGAUCAUUCAGUUUCACCUACGGAGAUUUUACCGGGUGAAAGUAACAUAUAUAGUUCGGUGGCUGUACCAGGACCACGAGGUGUACCUGGUCGACCUGGAGAUGCUGGUCGUCCUGGUGAUUCAGGAUAUCCUGGACAACCCGGUACACCUGGGAUUCCAGGGCCACCUGGACCACCAGGACCUGUACCUGAUGUAUCUCUUUAUUAUCAACAAUUGGCUUUGUCUGAAGCAAAUGAAGAUAAAGGUCCGACCGGUGCAGCGGCGUCAUUGUAUGGACCAGAGGCAUUGUCUUAUAUUCAGACACAAGUAGGCCCGAUGGGUCCACGAGGUCCACCAGGUCCAGCUGGUCCUCCUGGUCCUCAAGGUUUUCAAGGUACACGAGGUGAAACCGGUGAACUGGGUUCUCCAGGCCCUCCUGGUAUGCCAGGUCCUAGAGGCUUACCAGGAUUACCCGGAAAAGACGGUAUCAGUGGAGAAGAUGGCGAGACUGGUCCACCAGGAUCGCCUGGUUCUGUGGGACAACGUGGCAUUCCAGGAAUACCUGGGCUUCCAGGACUGAAAGGUCAUCGUGGUUUUCCAGGUCUAGAUGGUGCUAAAGGUGAGCAAGGAAUUCCUGGUGAAAAAGGAUCUAUGGGCUCGCCUGGGUCAACGGGACCAGUAGGACCGAUGGGUCCAGCAGGACCUCGCGGUGAAAGAGGUAGAGAAGGCCCAUCGGGUCCUCCUGGGUUGAGAGGCCUCGACGGAAUUGCUGGGCCGCCUGGACAACCUGGUGCUAUAGGUAAACCUGGCUCACCAGGUUUUCCAGGCAAUCCUGGAGUUAAAGGUGACCAGGGAUCACAAGGACCGACAGGAAAUCAGGGUUUGCAAGGUCCGCGAGGCGAAAGUGGCCGUCCAGGACAACCUGGUGAAACUGGUCCACAAGGUCCUCAAGGCAUAGAUGGGAUUCCGGGUGAGAAGGGAGCCACUGGAGCAAUAGGACCCGUUGGUGUGAUCGGGUUUCCAGGUGCUCGAGGUCAACCUGGAAUAUCGGGUAAUCCUGGUAUCCCUGGCGCCAAAGGAGCACCUGGCUUUCCUGGUGAUAGAGGUUUGAAAGGAGAUACUGGAGUGAAAGGUGAUGCAGGAAUGCCUGGCCCGCGUGGACUUCCUGGACCUCCUGGGAAUGAGGGCAAAAGAGGCAAAAGGGGUAUGCGUGGACCAAUCGGCUCUGUAGGAUCUCCUGGAGAACGCGGCAUACCUGGAGAGCGCGGUCUUCCUGGAUCGGAUGGUCCUAUCGGUCCUCAAGGACAACCUGGUGAUCGUGGUCCUUCGGGAGCUGUUGGACCAAAAGGCGCUACUGGAGAUCCUGGACGACCUGGAUCAACAGGAUUACAGGGUGCACGUGGUUUAAUGGGUAGGCCUGGAGUUUCCGGGAAACCAGGUAAUCCUGGAGAACGUGGAAUUCAAGGUGCGGAUGGCAAGCCGGGAGAACAAGGACUGCCUGGACAGCAGGGAUUACCAGGACCAAUAGGAACACCAGGGGAAAGAGGAUAUCCUGGAGAACGUGGGAAAGAUGGUGAGCCUGGUAAUCCAGGUUCGCCUGGUCCAAGAGGAGAUAGCGGUAAAGAAGGACCUCCAGGAGUACAGGGUUUACCAGGUCCAUCAGGAAGCGACGGUGCGCGAGGUCUUCCGGGGCCUACUGGUCCCAGAGGUUUUCAAGGUCUUCCAGGCGCCGCCGGUAAUCCGGGUGUUCCAGGCAAGGACGGAGAAGCAGGAGUACAAGGACCUCCUGGUCCACCGGGAAUUGUUGGCGAUAGAGGCGAGCGAGGACUUCCGGGAGAAAUAGGACUUACUGGACCUCCAGGAUCUAUGGGUCCUAGAGGAGAAACCGGAGCACAAGGCUCUGAGGGUCUCAUUGGUUUACCAGGACUCAAAGGAGACAAAGGAAGUUUUGGUUCACCGGGAUUAUUGGGACUUCCUGGCGCAAGAGGAUUACCCGGAGAAUCUGGACAAAAAGGAGAAAGGGGCACAAUUGGACCAAUCGGUCCCGAAGGUCCAUCAGGACAUAUUGGAGAGCGUGGUCCACAAGGAGAAGUUGGACCUCCUGGUCCUCCUGGAGAACCAGCUGAACGAGGUGAUCCAGGUUCUCCUGGGCCAAUUGGCGAACCCGGAGCUCCUGGUAAUCCAGGAGAAAGAGGACCUCAUGGAUUACAGGGCUUGCCAGGUUUCCCAGGCCCACAAGGGUUAAUUGGACUUCCGGGUCUGAAAGGUGAUCACGGAUAUCCGGGUUUAAAGGGAGAACAAGGAAACCCGGGACUAACUGGCAAUCGCGGCGAAAUCGGAGCACCUGGGCCUAUUGGACUUACUGGUGCUAAGGGAAUCAGAGGUGAUCCUGGUGUACGAGGUGAACCUGGUUUAAUGGGCCCACCUGGUAUCAUAGGACAUGUUGGACCAUCAGGACCACCUGGGAAUGUAGGACCAUCUGGUGUCCCCGGAUUGCCUGGUAUCAAAGGUGAUGCGGGCGAUAUUGGACGUCCUGGAAAUCCAGGUCCAAUCGGUAAUCCUGGUUUACCAGGAAUCGAUGGAAUUAAAGGCGAAAGUGGAUCCCCAGGUUCUCAAGGACCGACAGGUUCUCAAGGACCUCAAGGUCUGCCUGGCGAAAGAGGUUUAUCAGGUCUACCUGGUUCCCCUGGUCCUAUAGGAAAUAGAGGGUUACGCGGAGCUCCCGGUGAAGUAGGACAACCUGGAAAAACAGGAGCGGAAGGCCCACCCGGACCUCCUGGAUUAACAGGUCCUGCGGGUGCUCCAGGUCAUAUAGGAGAAACAGGACCGGAAGGGUCAAUUGGAAAACCAGGACCAUCGGGUAUAGGAGGCCGACCAGGUGACAAGGGACCACCUGGAACACCUGGUGCAGCAGGGCCAUCAGGUCCUCCUGGAUUACCAGGACCACUUGGACCGACCGGACCUACCGGACCUACUGGAGAACGUGGUCCAAAAGGUGAAGCAGGACCGCAAGGUGUGGAAGGUCCACAGGGACCACGAGGAAAACCCGGUCCAGCGGGUCUGGAAGGUAUAAAAGGAGCUCGCGGAGAAGAAGGACAGAAAGGAGCUAAAGGACAUCGGGGAUUUACUGGUUUACAAGGAUUAUCUGGGUCUCCUGGUUUAGUAGGAGAAAAAGGUAUACCUGGUCUUCCAGGACUUCCCGGUAAAGAUGGAGAACCAGGUAUUAGAGGUAAUCCUGGACGAGAAGGUAACCCAGGUCCUAUCGGACCUGCGGGAAAUCCUGGAUCAAGAGGUCCAUCUGGAGAAGAAGGUCAGCAAGGAUCACCAGGUCUUCCAGGACCUCCUGGACCACCUGGUCCUCCUGGUGAAGUGGGUUUUGGUUAUGAUGCCGCAUCUUUAGCAGCAUUUAUAGCACAAGGCCAAACUAAAGGACCAGAUCCACUUGGAGAUGAACCACCAAGAAUAUUUAGUAAAGAUAUCACUGAAAAGGAACGAAGAGAAUUGCUUUUGAAAGCGUACGAAAAUUUAAAAUCGUCGUUCCAAAAAUUAGUAAAACCAGAUGGUGAAAAGAAUUCGCCUGCUAAAACUUGUCGAGAUCUAUUUGCUGCUUACCCAGACAAAUUAUCUGUGUAUUGCGAUGUUGAGAAACGUGCAACUUGCAUUUUACCAAAUCCAUCACGUUCAUCAGAAAUUAAUCACAUUACUGAUCAACAGGAAACCUGGUUAAGCGAGAUAGAUAGCGGCAUGAAGAUUACAUACAAGGCAGAUAGUAAUCAAAUUAGUUUCUUACAAUUGCUUUCAAAACAUGCAAAACAGAACAUCACGUAUCAUUGUAAAAAUAGUGUAGCUUAUUUUGAUUACGAAAAGAAAACGUACAAAAGAAGUUUGAAGCUUCUGACUUGGAACGAUGUUGAAUUGACACCACGAGGCAAUCAGCGUCUUAGAUACGAAAUGAUAAUGGAUGAAUGCAGAGUCUAUCGAAAUCAUUGGGGUAAAACUGUUGUCUCAUACGAAACAGACAAACCCAUAAGACUUCCUAUAUUAGAUGUGGCUCUGCGAGAUAUCGGAAAACCUGAACAGAGUUUUUCUAUUGAGAUAGGUCCAACUUGUUAUGAUUAAAAUAAAGACAAAUGCAAAGCUAAUUUAGAAGAAAUGGAAUUUGAAGAGAGAUAUCGUUCGGAUAUUUUAUAAUACUAAUUAAAAAAAUUCUCGGAGUACUUAAAUAUUUUUUAAUCAAAUAUUAAAUAUCUGAGUAUUUAAGUGUAAAAGUAU